AUGUCAGCGGAAUUGUUUGCUCAAAGCUCGCUUUUGGAGCUGAAGUCUGAAGCUGCCCGCUGGCAUUCGGCCAGCGAUCAGGUGGAAAAGGAUUUGGGGACCCUAGCGGCCCUCAUUUUGGAUCUUCAGAAUCAGGCGACUCAGGAGGGCACGAAUGAUGAGAAUACGUUGGUAAAAGACGGCCCACUCACAGGCCGGAGCCUGAGCCAUGUUGUGAGGGUGCAGGAGGCCAACAGGAAUCGGCUUCGAGCUCUGCGUGACGGUGAAAACCUUUUCAGUUUUUCAUACUUCUCGAAGUAUGUGGCAGUGGAAGAGGGCUCUCUCCCGUCGUUUGCCGGGGACAUCCGUGAAGGGAACCGCGACGCGGUCCUAGAUGUGAUCAGGUGGACCACCCAAAAGAUGUCAGAUUCCCAUGAGAGCGUCAAGAGCAUGACCACCUUUUUGACAGCGCUUGAUGCCCACCUCAAGUUGACGGAAGAGGCCCAUGCCGAAACCAGUCGACGCCUUAUCGAGUUAGCUGGUGCCAUCGUGGGAGUGCAAAGCGAUUUCUUCGAAGAUGAAUUGAUUGGGAAAUUUGGCAAGUUCGCAGAGGAUCACGGUGCUAAUCCGACCAGGAUUGCGAGGCGCCACAAAGUCUUGAGCAAUGUUUCUGGAAAGAACUGCCUGGGAGGUAUAUACCCCACGCUGGAAGUGGAAACCAAGGAUUUAGAUUUGGUGGAAGACUUCAUUGACGAGGGGCAAGAGGAGGCGGUUGCACGGUUUGCUCAAAUGGAAUCUUUUCAUUUGGCAAAAGAAUCAAAGUAUUUUGUCAUCGUGUCUCGAAGGGCAGGUUUGAAGCGGCUCCACAUGUCAGGCUGUCACGUCAAGCCCGGCCGGGCCCGCCGGCGCCGGGGCAAUGGUGGUGAUCCUGAUGCAGUGAAUAGGGAGUUUGUCUCCCAGAACAUGGAUUCCGACCUCCAAUUCAUUUUGGGUGAUUCUGUCAGUAUUGGGAACCAGGACACACCCCAGGGUAGGGCUGAGACCGCCGCAGUAGUCUCCUCUUGGGAGAUUGCAAAGGAGUUCUUGGCGAAGGAAGUGGAGCUUCGUGCAGAGGCCAAGGUCCUGGGGCAACCUCGCAUUUUGCAGAUUCAUGAGAGGCAGGCCAUGUUGAAAGCAGUGGAGGCUGUUUAUGGGACUUUGGGUGACUCGGAAUGCCCUGCGCCUGAUUAUCUUUCACUCAAAGCUGAGGAAACUGAGGCGAACGAACCAACCGCCUCACCUUUGGACGAGAUCAUUAGCAAACAGGCCUCUUCGUUUUCGCAGCUUCAAUCCGCUGUUGAUUCGACCGGGCUCAUUCGUGUGACUCGCGCAAAAGGUAAAUCUAAGAUGCCGGUCAACACGGAGGAAUAUCGUAAAGUGAUGAAAGUUGAAAUGUAUGCAUGGCUUUCCAUGGCUUCGAGGUGUAGGUCUAAGCAUUGGUUGCAUGGUUUGACUGCAGAACCGUUCACCAAGUUCGUUGAAUAUAUCCUUGGUGAGCGUGUAUUGAACAUCCAGAUUCCGACGACGUCGCCAGAGCAGCAACGGAGAGUCAAGCCUGAUUGGACAAUCGUCUUAGCCUAUGAGCACAAGUUGCGCCGUGAGGCCAUGAAGCUGGUAAUCAAUCAGGGUCAUACUUUAGCCGACGCCUUGCCUUCAGUCAUCCGUGAUGCUGAUCUCAAAGAAGCUUUCUUCACGACACCUGUCCCAAGGCUUUUGAAACAGGCUGAAGUACUUGACCUGACUGGUGAGGACGACAUGGCUCCCCCAGAGCGCUCCGGUCGAUCAGCUUGUGAGGAUGAGGUUCUGGCAGUGCUUCGUCGUGAGUGGGCAGGGUUGCUACCGGAUCCGGAGGAUGCGUUGGUUGUGGAUCAGGGGUCUGCUCAGGUUUGCCCCCCGAAGGUCAAGCAUCGCAAGGUGGAUGAUUCAGACUUUUGCCCGAUUGCGCAAAACUAUGCAUCCGCAGACAUGUCAUCCUCGGAGCUUGAAACGAAGUUUAGGGAGGAGGAAGCCCUCGGCAGGAUGUUCUCUUCCAAAAUGGGCGUGCUUCGUGAGCAGUAUGGUGACAAGCUGAGGAUCGCAUCAAUGGCGGCCAUCAAGAAACCGGACGGGACAGACAAUUGGCUUCUCCAUAUGAUUUAUGUGGAUGACUUGCAUGGUGCAUUCAUAGGACAGCAUAAAUUUUGGCUCCUUUGGAUCUGGCUAUUGGCCUUCGAACUCGUGGGGGUUCCUUUUGGGUACCAUAAGUUCCACGGUGGCUUUGCCUCGGAGUUUGUUGGUUUCCACUUGAGAUACGACCUUGCAGAAGUUGGCAUUUCCGAGAAGAGGGGUCAAUGGUUGCUUGAAUGGAUUGCAAAAACUGCCGCCGAUCGCUUUGUCGUUGUGGCUAGGUCUUUCAUUGAGUUCCUUGGUCGUUUGGGGUUCGUCUCACAGCUGCUUGUCUGGCUGAAGCCGUGCUUGUCUCCUUUGUUUGCAUGGGCCGCCGUGGUGGCCCCGGGCACUGUGGGGAAGCUGCCUGACACUGUGAUUCUUACUUUAAAGUACAUCGACUUGGAAUUAAAGGGUGAGACCUUCUUGAUUUCUGUUAAGAGGCCCGUUGUGGUUUCGCGCGAGAUCUUCAGGACUGACGCAAAAUGCACUGACGACUUGGUGGUCUUGGGGGGUUGGAAACUUGACACUAGGAGAUGGUUCUCAUUAAGGUCAACGCAGCGUGAUGUCCCGUUCUUUUUCCAGGAAGGGAAGGGGGCAAUGUGGGCAUCGACCUCGGCGGAGCUCUUAGCAUCUUUGGUUGCCCUCGGUGUGUUCGGUUGGAUCACGCAAGGGAAGCACCGCAAGUCGGUUCCUGUGGUGCUUGCAGCAGGCACAGAUAACCGUGCCAACGAUGUGUUAUCAACCAAGCGCACGACGACGAAAUGGCCCCUCAUGGCCAUAAACAUGCAACUCUCAUCUGCCAUCGCCAAGGCAAGACUUUCGUUAGACCUGAGAUGGAGAGCAAGGGAAGAGAACGAGGAGGCUGACAGCCUCACCAAUGAGGUCUUCGAUGCAUUUGACUUGAGCAAGCGAAUUCCAGUGUGUUUCUCGGAUAUCGACCUUUCCACGGUCUUCGCCCUUUGGGAGACAAAGCGGGAAUUCGAGGAGUUAAAGGAACGAGACUUCACCACCUUCGCGUAA